CCCCUGGAGAGGUUCGUCUCUUUAAUUGUAGCCGACGCAUUUGUAACUUCGUCUCACAAGUUGCAAACAAAAGAUGCUGUACCUCGUGGGCCUCGGUCUCGCGGACGAGACUGACAUUACCGUCAAGGGUCUCGAAAUCGUGAAAAAGGCCUCCCGCGUCUACCUGGAAGCUUACACAAGCAUUCUCCUGGUAGACCAGUCUGUCCUGGAAACCUACUAUGGCCGGUCCAUCGUCAUCGCCGACCGCGAAAUGGUCGAGUCCAACAGCGACGAAAUCCUCCGCGACGCACAGACCGAAGACGUGGCCUUCCUGGUGGUAGGCGACCCCUUCGGCGCCACCACCCACACCGACCUCGUCCUCCGCGCGCGCGAGCUCGCCAUCCCCGUGGCCGCCGUGCCCAACGCCUCGAUCCUCUCCGGCAUCGGCGCCGCGGGCCUGCAGCUGUACAACUUUGGCCAGACGGUGUCGAUGGUCUUUUUCACGGACAGCUGGCGCCCGGCCUCGUUCUACGACCGCAUCAAGGAGAACCGCGCCAUCGGGCUCCAUACCCUCGUCCUCCUCGACAUCAAGGUCAAGGAGCAGAGCUUGGAGAAUUUGGCGCGGGGCCGCAGGGUUUACGAGCCGCCGCGGUACAUGACUGUCGGGCAAUGCGCGCAGCAGAUGCUGGAGAUUGAGGAGGAGAAGGGGGAGGGGGUGUAUUCCCCUGAUAGUCUUGCCAUUGGGGCUGCGCGCGUGGGCGGCAAGGAGCAGAAGUUCGUGGCCGGCACGUUGAGGGAGCUGUGCGAUGCGGACGAGGUUAUGGGACCGCCUUUGCAUAGCUUGGUUUUGCUGGGGAGGCGGACGCAUGAGCUUGAGCAUGAGUUUGUCCGUGACUUUGCGCUGAAUAAGGAGACGUGGGAUAGGAUAUGGAAGGCCGAGUACGGAAAGCAAUGACAAUUAUAUCAUAAUUCGUUACGCCGUCCUUUGUUUUGCGAGCCGACGCAAAUUACUCGCGUCCUG